CGCGGCAAGGAGGCUUUCCAACCUCCCCUCUCCUUGACGCUUGCGUUGACCGCGUUGGCCGUUUCAUGUCUCACAAAAGGAAAUUAUCCUUCGUCUCACAACAUUACAGGGCAAGGCCUCCUGCACCUGACCCAUCUUGUAAUGAUCCGCAGUCAUCUUACAACACAUCUCAAACCCACAUACCUUAUGAUCGGUGUGAUAGUUCUCCAGCCUCCCACCUUGAGCCUUCUCAGACCACGUCCACAUUGGGAGCUUCCAGCGAUUCACGGGUCUUGAAGUCCUUCCAGAAACGUGUCAUUGCACUUCCCAAGCCAUCUUACAGUGAUCCGCGGUUGCAUGCUUCGGCUUCGUUGCUCCAAGUCCCCCAGGUCCAUUUUUCCAGCUCGUGGACUCUCCCAACCCAUGAUAAUAUUCGUGAUAAGGAAUCCGCAGCAUCUUAUCCCGAGCCCCCCCAGGUUCCUGCAUUGCAAUCUUCUGGCGAUUCUCGGGAUUCGCUUUUCCAACAACAUACAAGCACACCGUUUUGGGAGGAGCCACGACUUAAUCUCAGUUCGCAGGCUCUCCAAGCCCGCGACAAUAAUUGGCAUGAUGAACCGGUGGGAUCUUAUCUAGGGCUCCCAUGGGUUGCACCUGCAUUGCAAUAUUCUGAUAGUUCUCGGGAUUUGCCCUCCCUGAAGCGUCUGAAUGCGCCGUCCCGGGGACCUCAUUCUAAUUGCGAUCAUCUCAAUCAUUUAAGCACACCUCUUUCUGAAGGGUCUUUUCCCACUACUUCCGCCCGGUCAUCCCCUGGUUAUUCGGAGCGACCUCGAUCCGCCUCCUUACCAGGGACCAUUGAAGACCUUUGUGCAGCACCCGCCAUUUCGACCCCCCACGACAACAGCGUGAAACCCCGCACACAACUAUCACACACCAGUAUAGACUUACCCGUACCUCCUUUAUCGGGGCCAGCAUCAACCAGUUGGGCUGGGGACGGAAAAAAAUCCAUUAUUGGCGUCACCAGGCUCAUUCUCCAAGCUGCGGCCCCCGCUCUCAAGCUUUCCCCGAUCCCAUUCCUGGGUUACAUUCCGGACUUACUCCUGGUGUUGCUCCAAGUUUACGAGUCUGUUGGCAGCAACAAUGAAGCCCUCAAAGGAUUGAACGAUGAGGUGCACAAUGCUUACGCCACCAUGUUACGGCCGCUCCAACUAUGGACCGGACAGAUCCCUCCAGAGGUCAUUCCUCUACUUGAAGAAUUCCACUUGGCCUUGGAAGAGCAAGUCAGGGAGAUCCGGUCGCUUGAGAGUCGAACGCCGUGGAAGAGGAUAAUCUCGGCGGGCACUAUCACACAAAGCAUCAAUGGCGUGAAGGCGUGUAUUAGUAAUGCGCUUUUCCGUUUUGCUACCGUAGCAACAACCUUAAACCUUCUUAACACAAUUCAAUCGUCGGUGGAUUAUGAACUCGGGAAACUCCCUAGAACGGAAGCUGAAUAUUUCUCCGUGAACAGCAAAUCAGAAUGCCUCCCAACUACGCGUGACAAAAUCCGUAGUUCGAUACUUGAUCAUCUCAAGGAACCCAAGAACCGAUUUGUCUGGUUACGCGGCUCCCCAGGGACAGGAAAGACCGCGAUAUCCAUAAGCACCGCUUCUGCCCUUGAUGACAAAGGCAUCCUGGCGGCUUCUUUCUUCUGGGAUAAGAAUCAGAAGGGAAAAGGACUAGAUUCGAUCGAACGGUUUCCCUCAACUCUUGCUCUUCAACUUGCAGCAUUCAACAUUGAGUACAAAUGCGCGCUCAUCAGGCAACUUCGGCAGCCCGGUUCAUUGAAAAAUAUUCGGGGUUCUACUGUAGAAAGGCAGAUGAAAGCCUGGGUUAUUGACCCGAUGAGUGGACUCAAAGAUAUCUUGACUUCAGGAAAUGACCGUUUUGUUAUCGUCUUGGAUGGACUCGAUGAAUGCGGGGAUCCAGAAGAACUCGAGUCACUGAUGAAGCUCGUACUCUUGCUUAAUGAGCUCCCUCCAACGUUCGCUAUUCUAGUUAGUUGUCGCCCCGAGUCCCAAGUUGUCUCGGCUUGGGACCAUGCGCAGGAACAGGGCCUUCUGAUUCCAUGCGAAAAUGUCGAUAAGAUUGCAGGGGGGGAGACUUUCCACACCAUCUAUUGCAUGGUAGAGGAAGGGUUCCAGGACUGUAUCAGGAAAUCGCCAUGGAAACCAUCAACGGGAGAUCUCGAGGUUUUCGCUUCGGCCUGCCGUGGAUUACCUGUCAUUGCCUCGAUUCGGAUACGUGAGGUGCGCAUUCAGACCCAAAGUGGUUCUUCUCUCAAGUUGGAGUUCGACUACUUCCGCAAUCUGAGAGAAGUACCAAGCGAUCUCAACUCGGAGUACCUGCGCAUACUACGGCGAGCCUAUAUGUCCCAUUCUCCAUGCCUUCGUCCCCACGUCGCCAAGAAUUACCGUGAAGUAGUCGGAGCACUUGUUGCUGUGGACUACUCACUUAAUGUCAAGUCGAUGUCGGAGCUUCUAGGAAUGACUAGGGAUGACCUCAUUGCAACACUAAAACCCAUCAGCUCAGUAAUUGACCUUCCCUCAAACAAUGCAAGGACAAUUUCUUUCUACCACACGACCAUGAAGGAAUUCAUUACAGGUGAUCCCAUUGGCGAGGAAAGCGAUCAAGUCUUCUUCAUUCGUGAUGUGAAGGGGUACUUCCUCGGAUUACGAUUUCUUCGACUUGUGAAUGACAUCAGCAGGCAGAAUGAGUUCAGCAUUCCCACCCAGCUUCCUUUGGGAGAUAAAAGGAAGUGGGAAGGUUUUAGGAGGAAGCGAUCUGGUGGCAAACACGUUGAAUAUGCAAUCCGAUACUUCCUCGAUCACUUGGACCCCUCACUAGUGUUCUCGCAAGAGCCGAAUGAAUUACAAAAAGAAUUUAAUGACUUGCUUACGCAGAAUGUACUCUCAUAUAUUACGAUGCAGUCUGGCAUAGCAUCCGUGCCACGAUCAUAAAUCAUAUCAGCUCACGUUCGGGGCUAUGGAUGCAUGCUACUACAAGGCGUAUUCUAAAACUGAGCGCUGUCCCUGGCAAGUCUAUCGAUCUGGUCUUCCAC